CAUUGGACUGAAUACAAUUAACUUUAUCAUUCAAACUAUUAGAGAGACACUUUUUAUUAUUCAGACAAUUCGAUGCCACGCAAAAGCCAAAAAGAAGAGGAUGUGACUUUUAUGGACGACUACAAAUCAACACAAAAGAAAAAAUAUAUGACACCUAGCAAUGUACGAUUAGCUUCUCACAAUAAGACACGAGUAGCUUAUUUCCACGAUGAAGGUGUUGGCAAUUAUCACUAUGGAGAACGACAUCCUAUGAAACCACACCGACUUACUCUUACGAACCACCUUGUUUUGAACUAUGGAUUACAUAAAAAAAUGGAAGUUUUUCAACCUAGACGUGCUACUGAUAAUGAAAUCUUGGAAUUCCAUGCUCCGGAUUAUGUUGACUUUUUGAAAAGAGUGACUCCAGACAAUGCGGAAGAGUUUGAACAAGUAUUUCAACGAUUCAAUGUUGGAGAUGAUUGUCCUAUUUUUGAUGGUAUUUACGACUUUUGUCAACGAUAUGCGGGUGCGUCUAUUGAGGCGUCAAGGAAACUGAUAGCAGAUGGAGCGGAUAUAUGUAUCAACUGGUCAGGUGGAUUACAUCAUGCAAAGAAAAGUGAAGCCAGUGGAUUCUGUUUUGUUAACGAUAUUGUACUGGGUACUCUUGAACUAUUACGGUAUUUCCCUAGGGUGCUCUAUGUGGACAUUGAUAUUCAUCAUGGUGAUGGUGUACAAGAAGCAUUUUAUUCAACCAAUAGGGUGAUGACGGUAUCUUUCCACAAAUACAACGGCGACUUCUUUCCUGGUACUGGACAUUUAGACGAAAUCGGCAGUUCUUUGGGCAAAUAUUACUCAGUCAAUGUACCAUUACGAGACGGUAUUGAUGAUGAUGCUUAUAUCUGGCUUUUCAAGGAAGUAAUGGAUGGCGUGAUGGCAACUUAUCAACCUUCGGCAAUUGUACUGCAGUGCGGUGCAGAUUCUUUGGGCUGCGAUCGACUUGGCUGCUUUAAUCUAAGUAUAGAAGCUCACGGACGAUGUGUACAAAUCAUGAAGGAUUACAAGGUUCCAAUGAUGGUAGUUGGUGGUGGAGGUUAUACAGUGAGGAAUGUUGCUCGGUGCUGGACAUAUGAAACUUCGAUUCUGGUGGAUCAAGAACUCUCUAAUGAUUUACCUCCAAAUGAAUACAUUGACUUUUUCCGACCGGAUUAUCAAUUACAUCCUUACCUAUCUGGACGUGUGGAAAAUCAAAAUGAUCGACAAUAUCUACUCAAGGUACGGGAACGUGUGAUGGAACAACUUCGUUACUUGGACGCUGCACCUAGUAUUCAAAUGCAAGAAAUUCCUCCGGAUAUCCAAGGUUUCUUAGAUGGUGAUGAGGAAUUGCAAGAUGAAGAGGAUGAUUUAGAAAAAGAUCAAAGACCUACCUUUCCAAAGAAUAGACUGGUACCUGAUGCCGAAUGGUAUGAAGAUGAUGAUGAUAAUGAUGGUGAAACUGGUGCCUCUGAUAUGGAAUUUUGAUUAGUUUUAUUAUUAUGAUUCCUCUUUUUUUUUAUUCAUUCAUUUAUUCAUUUUGAUUUUUUUUAUAUAUAUAUAGUUUAUAUUAUAGUAAUUAUUAUCUUCCCAAUUUUUUUUUUUUAUAUUUAUUUAUUUAAUUAUUUUUGUAUCAUAUUCUUGUUCUCU